AUGGCCCCCGAGCACCUGCGUCGUCCGCCCCAGCCCCCCCCACUCUUCACUGCCACCGCCGAAUCGAUCCUGAACGAUGCCAAACGCCUAGUUGAAACAUCUCGCAAGAUUCAGGAUGGAAUCGUCGCAAACACUUCCCCGGACAGUGCCAGCUUUGCGUCCGUGCUGAAACCUUUGGCCCACGAUGAAAACGUCAUGGCUCUCGAAUCCCACAUCCUCGGCUUUUACCAGGCUGUCUCGACUGAACAGAAGCUGAGGGACACGUCCUCCAAAGCGGAGGAACUGAUGGACGAUUUCUUUAUCGAGUCGGCGAUGCGUGAGGAUAUCUUCAAGCUCGUCGAUGCAGUGCUGAAGAAGAACGAGAGCCUGGACCCGGAAUCCCGCCGACUGCUGGAGAAGGAGCACCAGAGCUUCAUCCGAAACGGCCUGGGUCUCCCAGCCGGACCUCAGCGCGACCGCUUCAAGGAGAUCAAGAAACGACUCAGCUUGAUCAGCAUUGAGUUCGGGAAGAACCUGAACGAGGAGGACGGAGGCAUCUGGUUUACACCGGAAGAGCUCGACGGCGUGCCGGAGGAUGUCGUCUCGGGCCUGAAGAAAGGAGAGGGCGAGAACGAGGGUAAGCUCCGGUUGACCUUCAAGUACCCCGAUCUUUUCCCCACGAUGAAGUAUGCAAAGAAUCCCGAGACCCGCAAGCAGGUCAUGAUUCAAAACGAGAAUAAGUGCAACCAAAAUGUGCCGCUCUUCCAGGAGGCGAUUGUCUUGCGUGAUGAGGCCGCUCGCCUGCUCGGAUACCCAAGCCAUGCCGCGUUCCGGAUCGAAGAUAAGAUGGCCAAGACCCCGAAGACGGUGGACGACUUUCUGGCAGAUCUACGUGCCCGUCUGACGGAUGGUGGCCGGAAAGAAAUUGCCCAGCUCCAGGAACUCAAGAAGAGCGAUGUCGCCUCUCGUGGUGAGAAAUUCGACGGUGGCUACUACCUCUGGGACCACCGCUUCUACGAUCGUCUGAUGGUGGAAAAAGAUUACUCUCUGGACCACCAGCUCAUUGCCGAGUACUUUCCACUUCAGAACACGAUCGAUGGCAUGCUGAAGAUCUUCGAGCAGCUGUUUGGCCUUGUCUUUGUGGAGAUCACCGGCAAGGACCGUGAUCAAGUCGCCACCAGCGGCAAGGGGAGUGAUAUCGUGUGGCAUGAGGACGUCCAGAUCUUUAGUGUGUGGGACGACGAGGGUGAGGGUGGCAGCUUUGUUGGCUAUCUUUACCUGGAUCUGUUCCCUCGCCCUGGCAAGUAUGGCCAUGCCGCCAACUUUAACCUUCAACCCGGGUAUAUUGAUGCGGAGGGCAAGCGUCGCUACCCGGCCACUGCGUUGGUGUGUAACUUUACGAAGCCGACUCCAAAGAAACCCAGUCUUCUCAAGCAUGAAGAGGUUGUCACUCUGUUCCAUGAGCUAGGUCACGGUAUCCACAAUCUAGUUUCGAAGACCAUAUACUCGAGGUUCCACGGAACCAGCACGGUUCGCGACUUUGUCGAGGCUCCUAGCCAGAUGCUCGAGAACUGGUGCUGGGACCCGCCACAUCUCAAGUCGCUGAGCAAGCACUAUUCGACACUGUCCCCAGAGUAUCUGGCAGCAUGGAAGGAGCAGGCAAACGGACAGGCAGAGCCGUCGGAGAAGAUCCCCGACGAGGUGAUCGCCAAUCUCAUCCGUGCGAAGCAUGUCAACGAUGCUUUGUUUAACCUGCGUCAGCUCCACUUUGGCAUCUUUGACAUGACGAUCCACGAGCCCGAGAGUCACGAGAAAAUCAAGGAACUGCCAAUCACAUCGACAUACAACAGACUUCGCAAAGAAAUCACGCAGAUUGACGGACCCGAGGUUCUGGGUUUGGGCGACGACUGGGGCAACGGCCAGGCCACCUUUGGUCAUUUGAUGGGAGGCUAUGAUGCUGGCUACUACGGCUACCUAAGCUCGCAAGUCUAUUCAACGGACAUGUUCUAUACAGUUUUCAAAUCCGACCCCAUGAACCCCACUGCUGGUCGUCAAUACCGGUAUAAGGUCCUCGAAAAGGGUGGCAGCCAGGAUGAGAUGCAGACGUUGAUUGACUUCCUGGGUCGACCCCCGAAGACAGAUGCAUUCUACAAAGAGAUGGGAUUGGCUUAG